GUUUAGCUGAUUAUUCAACAUGGAACUUUUCAAAGAAUGUUUCAGUUUUAGUUGAACAGACAAUUUUUACCCUUGUCGUAACAAGACAAAUAACGAUUUUUCCGACUCUCUUCAUUCGAUCUCUCUCCCUCUCCCUCUCUCGAUCGGAAAAGUUUGAAUCUCCGGCGAUCUUCUCAAGAUGAGUAACAACGAGCUUCUCGAAAUCGAGCCUAUGUAUCUUCAAUUCCCUUUUGAAUUGAAGAAGCAGAUGUCUUGCUCUCUUUACUUGACGAACAAGACAGACAAUAACGUGGCCUUUAAGGUUAAGACGACAAAUCGGAACAACUAUUGCGUUAGGCCUAAUUAUGGACUUAUUCUUCCAAAGUCGACUUGUAAAGUUCUUGUGACCAUGCAAGCUCAAAAGGAAGUUCCUUCUGAUAUGCAGAGCUUUGAAAAGUUUAUGAUUCAAAGUGUACUGGCUAGUCCUGGAGUCACAGCCAAAGAAGUUACUCGUGAGAUGUUUAGCAAAGAAUCAGGGCAUGUAGUUGAGGAGACUAAACUGAGAGUUACUUAUGUUUGCUCCACCACGACCAACAUCACUAGUUCACCAAGGACUAGAAGAGGGUUUAUAUUUCAGUGUUUUUGUUAGACAUUUUCUCUUUACUUCAUUGACGAUAUUCAUCACCAGUAACACUCUUAGCGAUGUCUCUUGCUAUGGCGUUUGGAGCUGCUUGCCACGAGCUCGUAAUAGCGGCUGGUAAAACUCGAUUGAUUCUGUACAGUAAUUUGUUUGUAAAAUAAUUAUGAGACCCAGUUUACUUUGUAUAUAAUGCACUAAAAUCUAAACAUCAC